AUGUCGGUGGGCUGGGAAUGGCCAACCAAAGUUCACCUGAUGAAUCAGGGCUGGAGGAUGUCGGUGGCUCUGGAUCAACUGUUGGCUUUGAAUCCUGACAAGCCUGCAGCUCAUUUGCCUGCUGCUGAUGCCAACGUUGGUGCAGAUGAGAGCUAUGAUGAAAGAGGAUGCCAGUGUGAUGUAUCCAUAGAAGAUCUCACCCCACCACUUAAAACAGUUAUUCGAGCAAUCAGAAUCAUGAAAUUUCAUGUUGCCAAAAGAAAGUUUAAAGAAACCUUGCGCCCCUAUGAUGUUAAAGAUGUCAUUGAACAGUAUUCAGCUGGUCAUCUGGAUAUGCUGUGCAGAAUUAAAAGCCUUCAGUCACGGGUUGACCAAAUUCUUGGAAGAGGGCAAAUAGCAUCUGAUAAGAGAAAUCGAGAGAAGAAUACAGUAGAGAAUGAAACAGCUGAUGACCUCAGUAUGCUAGGACGUGUAGUCAAAGUGGAAAAACAGGUCCAAUCCAUAGAGUCAAAAUUGGACUCACUGCUAGAUAUCUACCAACAAGUCUUGAAGAAAGGAUCUGUAUCUGCACUGACUUUGGCUUCAUUUCAAAUGCCACCUUUUGAAUGUGACCAGACUUCUGAUUAUCAAAGUCCUGUAGAUAGCAAAGAUUUGACUAAUUCUGCCCAGACCAGUGGAUGUGUAUCCAGAUCAGCCAGUGUCAACAUGCCAUGUGGCCUACAGUUUAUACUGACACCAAAUGAAUUUAGCCCUCAAGCUUACUAUGCUUUUAGUCCAACUAUGCAUAGUCAAGCCACACAGGUGCCAAAUGAUGGACCUGCAACACUAUCACCUAACAAUGCACUAAACCAAAUAAAUCAGACAUCUAAGCCAACAGCACCUACAACGUUACAGAUACCCCCCUUUUCAUCAGUAAAGCAUUUCAAUAGAUUGGAACCUAUUCAUAUUAUUCCUUUGAGCACACAGGAGAAUACUUCUGAUGUCACCGCUUGCCUUGUUGCUUCAAAGGAUAAUGGAAAAGUUGCACAGUCCAAUGUGACAAAGGAUCUUUCGUGGGGGAAAAGUCUUGAUACUGAAGGGGAACCCCUGGUCUCAGUGAAACCAGUAAUGCAAAUGGAUUUAGGGAAAUCGCUAUCUGUACAAAAUCUUAUACAGUCAGCAGCAGAAGAACUGAAUAUACAGAUUUCUGGUAGUGACACAAGUAGCUCAAGAAGUAGCCAAGAAUUAUACAGCAAAUGGAGGGAAUCAAAAUUAUUUAUAACUGAUGAAGAUUUGGAAGCAGAGAGAGAAACAGAGACUUUUGAAACCAUUUCCCACCCAUUAGUGGAAACAACUCUCUCUACCGACUCUCUGAGGACUGGAAUGUCAAGAUCAUCUCAAAGCAUUUGCAAACCAGGAGAUGGUACAGAUGCUCUCAACCUGCCUCAUGUCAAACUUAAAUAG